CCAGAAGCGCCAAGGCAAGAGCACUGUCCCGUGUCUUCCUCUCCACUCCACUCCACACUCCCACUCCACACCCCCACUCUCCCUCCAUGGAUUUUACAGUCUCACCACCACCGUCCCCCACCUUCUAUAAAGCAUCCGGGGCCAAGAACCUCCGGUAAACCGCGCGUCAUUCCCCUCCAGCCAGCCGAGAUGCCGCAGCGCGGCGGCGCCCCCCUCCUCCUCCUCCUCGCCCUCGCCGCGGCGCCGCUCGCCAUGGCGUGGCGCCCGUGGCCGCCGCGCGACGCCGUGGCCGCCCUCGGCGCGUCCAAGAAGUUCGAGGGGUCGUCCGACCUCGUCAAGCUCGAGUACCACAUGGGCCCCGUCCUCGCCGCCGACAUCACCGUCCACCCGAUCUGGUACGGCGCCUGGCCGGCCGACCAGAAGCGCACCAUCCGCGCCUUCCUCCGCUCCCUCUCGCCGCAGUCCCCCGUCCCGUCCCCGUCCGUCGCGGACUGGUGGCGCACCGUCCGGCUCUACACGGACCAGACCACGGCCAACGUGUCGGCCGUGGUGGCGCUCGGGCAGGAGAAGUGCGACGUGCGGAUGUCGCGGGGCGCGUCGCUGUCGAGGAUGGACAUCCAGUCCGUGGUGAAGGACGCGGUGACCGCGCGCACCAGGCCGCUCCCGGUGGACGCCGGCGGGGUGUACCUGGUGCUGACGUCCCCGGAGGUGCGCGUGGAGAGCUUCUGCGGGCAGGUGUGCGGGUUCCACUACUUCACCUUCCCGUCGGUGGUCGGGUACACGCUGCCGUACGCGUGGGUGGGCAACUCGGCGGGGCGGUGCCCGGAGGUGUGCGCGUACCCGUUCGCCAUCCCGGCGUACGUGCCGGGGCGGCGUCCCGAGGCGCCGCCCAACGGCGACCCAGGCGUGGACGGCAUGGUGAGCGUCAUCGCGCACGAGCUGGCCGAGAUGGCGUCCAACCCGCUGGCCAACGCGUGGUACGCCGGCGGGGACCCGUCUUUCCCGACGGAGAUCGCCGACCUCUGCGAGGGCAUCUACGGCACCGGCGGCGGCGGCGCGUACACGGGGCAGCUGCUCACCGACGGCCGGUCCGGCGCGUCCUACAACCUGAACGGCGUCGGCGGGCGCCGGUUCCUGGUGCAGUGGGUCUGGGACCCCUACCGCAGCUACUGCUCCGGCCCCAACGCGCUCGACCACCACUAGCUUUUCGUUUCUCUUUCACCAUCGUCGCCGCAUCUAGCGCUAGCGGUCGUCGUAGUAUUCCUCCAACUCCAGCAUAGCAUUGGAUUCCUUCCUCGGGACAUCCAUGGCCGGUCCUCCUGUAUAGAGUUCCGAAGCAUGGUGGUCCGGUCGCCGGUCAGUGAGCUCAUGAUUUGCUGACGAUGUUUUGGGCUUUCAUUCAAAUUCGAUGUCAUUUUGUGCAUCUGGAUAACAUUUGAAGCAUCGGGAGUACCAAUUAUUGGGAAUCUGGAUGAACAACCA